CUUCUCUCGUUUCUAAUUUCAAAUUCUUUCCUUUUAGAGAUGGAUCUCAUCAAAGCGGAAGAAAAAGAGGGGUUUUUCCUUUUGACGAUCGGAGGCCCUCUUUCCCCAAUCUCUCACAAUUCCUCUCGCCCAUUUUCCACCGAGCAGCCGAUAGUCGAUUUCUACUAUUUCGUCUAUUCAUCCAUCGAAGAUCCACCCCACCUCACAGGUGUCUAUCCCUUUAAGUUGAUAAGUUCUUCAAAAGUAUAUUGUGCUUAACAUGGAUGAGUUAGUUCAAUCAAAAAACUAUGAUUACAACACCAGAUGUACUCCAUUAAAAUUUUUUAAUUUUAUUAACCAAAUUAAUUUAAAAGAUGAACAUAAAAAAGCAAUUUCAACCACUCCUUUUAAGGAAUUUUUGCGUUUUCCAAGGUUAGCAAUUCAACGCACAUUUUUAAAUACUAUUAUACGUAGAUGGGAUAACGAAACCAAAAGUUUCAUCAUUAGAGGAAAUAGGCUAUUUAUUAAACCCCAAGACAUUGCUUUAAUAUUGAGGUUGAGUAUGAAUGGAGAGUCUUUAGAUAUGAAGAAGAAAUUAGAUGUUUGCGAUGAAAAAUUUAAAAAUAAAUAUUUUCCAAAUGCUCUUAUAUUGAGGAAUUUGAUUGAGGAGAAUAUUAAGAGGUGGAUGGAAGAAACUUUGGAUGAAUGUUUAGCCAAUUUUACUAAACUAUUUAUUUUGUAUAUAUUUAAUACAAUUUUAUUUUCAACUUCAAAUCAUGUCACACCAAAAUUCUUGUUGCACUAUGUGAAUAACCUGGAAAAGUUAAAUAGUUAUGAUUGGGCGACUACUGUUUAUGAGUUCUUGGUUAGAAGUAUAUCUAAAUGUGUGGAGGAGAAGAAGAGCUAUGUAAACAGAUGUGUCAUGAUACUAGAAGCAUGGUUACAAGAGCACAUCAUUCAUCAGCCAAUGUUAACAACAAAAAUGAUGUAUCCACGUUUAUUGAGAUGGGUAGAAGGUGGUUACCAACAUGCUAACACACAUAGGAAAUAUAUUGAUAAUCUCAUCUACACUCAGGUUAUUGAAGAAAUAAAGCCUACGUAUGAAGAGAGAAAUCUACUACCUCCUCUUGCAUCAAAUAUCACCCAAGAAACAUGUAGUCGUUUGGAGCCUAAAUUUUUGAACAUUAUAGAGAAGUUAAUGAUACAAAAUAAGAAAAAUGAAGACAAUAGUGAGUACAGAGAAUUACUGAUGGAAAAUAAAGAGUUAAGAGACAAGAUAGUUGAUAAAGAAAUAAUCAUACAACGGUUGUCUGAUGAAGUGAAAGAGUUAAAGAUAAACCGCGAUUGGGAAGCUACAUCAUGUGAAAUAAUCAAGGACAUGCAAGUAAAUUCUGACAUACCAUAA